AUGAGGUUUCCCACUAAGCAAAUCGGUUUGUACAACCCUGAGUUGGAACAUGAUGCUUGUGGUGUAGGUUUCAUUGCAACGAAGGCAUCAAAUCCAAGACACGAUAUCUUGGAAGAUGCCCGUUCUAUUCUUGUCAACAUGGCCCAUAGAGGUGCUGCUCAUCAAGGUGUCGGUGACGGUGCCGGGAUACUGUUAAGCAUCCCACACGAGUUCGUUAAAAGAGAAUUCAAACAGGAGACUUUGAAGCAGGGAGAAUACGCCAUAGGGAAUAUCUUUCUUCAUAACAUUCUCUACUUCAAUGAGCAAACUUGGAAUGAUAUUGCGUCUGAGACUGGGUUAACUAUUGUUGAUUGGAGAAUAGUUCCAGUUGAUAGCACAAUUUUGAACUCUGCCACCAGGGAAUCUGAACCACAAGUGGUCAUCCAGCCGUUGAUCGUAGCAGCAGAUAAUCUGGACCAGCCAUCAAUCACAUUGAAGCAUAGAUUGUACGUGUUCAGGAAGAGAACAGAACAGAUAUAUGAUCACGAUAAUGCGAAGGUUUAUAUUUGUUCGCUAAGUGAUAAAAUAAUAGUUUACAAAGGUCAGUUGACACCUACACAGGUAUUCCAAUACUACGCGAGGGAUCUUUCUGAUCCAGAGUUCAAAAUUUACUUGGGUCUUGUUCAUUCCAGAUUCUCCACAAACACCUUCCCGUCUUGGGACAGGGCGCAACCUCUACGUUGGCUGGCCCACAAUGGUGAGAUAAACACCCUAAGGGGGAACAUAAAUUGGAUGAAGGCUCGUGAGGGGAAUAUGUCUUCCGAGAAAUUGAGUCAGUUGGCAAGCUUGGAUAAAUUGUUCCCAAUUAUCCCAGAUAAGGGUUCAGACUCUGCCGCUGUAGACAACAUGCUCGAACUAUUGGUACUCGAGAGAUCUUUGCCAGAAGCCGUCAUGAUGAUGGUGCCAGAAGCUCACCGAAAGGAUAUGGACCCACAGUUGAAGGCCUGGUACGAUUGGGCCGCUUGUCUAAUGGAACCUUGGGAUGGACCUGCUCUUUUGAAUUUCACAGACGGAAGGUACAUUGGUGCACGCGUUGAUAGAAACGGGUUGAGACCUUGUAGGUAUUACGUGACCAACGAUGAGAAAAUUAUUUGUGCCUCGGAAGUUGGGGUUGUUCAGACUCUAGAUGACAGCACAGUAAUCACCAAGGGUAAUGUAAACCCGGGUGAUUUAUUUUUAGUAGACACUGAAACCUGUUCUAUCGUCGACCAAGAUGGUCUGAAGAAGGAGAUUGCUACAAGCGAAAACUUUUCUAAAUGGUUAGAAAGUGAGACUAUCACUCUACCGUCUUUGAUCAAAGAAUUAGCUUUAGACUCUUCUCCAAAUGGCCAAGAUCGUUCUACGCUAAAUAACGAACUGUUAUUGGCAAAUGGUUUUACUUUUGAACAAAUCAGUCUGUUGUUAUCUCCAAUGGCCCUGACUGGCAGUGAAGCGUUGGGUUCGAUGGGUAAUGACGCCCCAUUGGCUUGUUUGAACGAAAAACCGGUCCUUCUUUAUGAUUAUUUUAAACAACUGUUUGCGCAAGUCACAAACCCACCAAUUGACCCAAUCCGGGAGGCCAACGUAAUGUCAACCGAAUGCUUUAUCGGGCCACAAGGUAAUCUGUUAGAGGUUUCUGCAAAACAAUGCGCACGUUUGAAAUUGGAGACACCAAUACUGAAUAAAGAGCAGUUUUUGGCCAUCACAAAUAUGCAAAAAAUUCACUCUUCAUGGGCAGUGGGCUCAAUAGACAUUACCUUUGACAAGAAGGAGGGAUUAUCUGGUUACCGGGAUACUAUAGACCGCAUUAAUCGCGAGGCAUCCCGUUUGCUUGAAAGCGAACACAAACGCGUUAUUGUAAUUUCCGAUAGAAUGAUCUCCAAAGACAGAGUCUCCAUUUCGUCUCUUAUCGCGGUGUCUUCCAUCCACCAUCACUUGAUAAGAGAACAAACCCGUUCCAAAGUUGCUCUUGUUUUGGAGACAAGUGAAGCCAAAGAAAUCCACGAUUUCUGUUUGAUUUUGGGCUUUGGGUGUGAUGCAAUCCAUCCAUACUUGGCCAUGGAAACGUUAAUAACCUUGAAAAAGCAAAAUCUGCUUCGAGACACCACCAAGGAUGACAAUGAAACAAGACUAUGUGAUGAUGAAAUAAUUUCCAACUACAUAUAUGCCGUAGACCACGGCAUCAUGAAAGUUAUGUCCAAGAUGGGUAUUUCCACGCUAGCCUCCUACAAAGGUGCUCAAAUAUUUGAGGCUUUGGGCUUGUCGAAAGAAGUGGUCGAUCUAUGUUUCACUGGUACUGCAUCGAGAAUCGAAGGUGCCUCCUUCGAAAUUUUGGCUCAGGAUGCCUUCUCUUUGCAUGAGCGCGGUUUCCCAUUGCCCGAUAAUGCCGUUGCUCCUCCUUCAGUCAAGGUUUUGAGUAAUGGUGAAUACCAUUGGAGACAUGGCGGAUUUAAACAUGUUAAUGACCCGUCUGCCAUUGCAAAUUUGAGAGACUCUGUCAAAAACAAGAACAAUGAUGCAUGGGAGAAAUACAUCAAGAAAGAAAUGGAAGUCAUCAGAGACUGCACAUUAAGAGGUUUACUGGAAUUAGAUUACGAAAAUUCACAAGAGAUUCCAUUAGAGGAGGUCGAACCGUGGACUGUCAUUGCGAAAAGAUUUACAACUGGUGCCAUGUCAUACGGAUCUAUCUCCAAAGAGGCCCAUACUACUUUAGCCAUUGCUAUGAAUCGUAUCGGGGCUCAAUCUAAUUGCGGUGAAGGUGGAGAAGACGCCGAACGGUCCAUAGUUCAGCCAAAUGGUGAUACCAUGAGAUCUUCGAUCAAGCAAGUUGCCUCUGGGAGAUUUGGUGUGACCUCCUACUACUUAUCUGAUGCGGACCAAUUGCAGAUUAAAGUAGCCCAGGGCGCUAAACCGGGUGAAGGUGGUGAGUUACCUGCUCAUAAAGUUUCUAAGGAUAUUGCCAAGACCAGACACUCUACCCCGAAUGUCGGUUUAAUUUCCCCGCCUCCACAUCACGAUAUUUAUUCUAUUGAGGAUCUGAAACAGUUGAUAUACGACUUGAAGUGUGCCAAUCCUGUUGCCGAAGUCUCCGUGAAGUUGGUGUCCGAGGUUGGUGUAGGAAUUAUUGCCUCAGGCGUAGCAAAGGCUAAAGCAGAUUACAUUACCAUAUCUGGCCAUGACGGUGGGACUGGUGCUGCUAGAUGGACCUCCAUCAAGCACGCUGGCUGUCCUUGGGAGUUGGGUCUUGCUGAAACACAACAAACUCUGGUUCUGAACGAUUUGAGAAAGAGGGUUGUUUUGCAGACAGAUGGUCAGUUGCGUACAGGUUUUGAUAUCGCUGUUGCUAUUUUACUUGGUGCAGAGUCGUUCACUUUGGCAACAAUCCCAUUGAUUGUGAUGGGUUGUAUCAUGUUGAGGAAGUGUCAUUUGAACACAUGUGCCGUUGGCAUUGCUACCCAAGAUCCCUAUUUGAGAAGCAAGUUUGACGGCCAACCAGAACAUGUCAUCAAUUUUUUUUACAACUUGAUUGAGGAUUUGAGGAAGAUAAUGGCCAAACUCGGAUAUCGUACCAUUGACGAGAUGGUUGGUCGUACAGAAAAAUUGAGGAAAAGAAGAGACCUAGGUUCCAAGACCUCUUUGCUCAAUGUUGAUGCCAUUUUAAAACCAUCUUACACCAUCAGAAAGGAUGUUGAUAUCAGAUGCACAACACCCAAGGAUAUCAAACGGGAGGGUCGUAUAGACAACAUUCUGAUUGAGAGGGCAGAAAAAUCUCUGAGCAAAGGGCUUUCGACUGUUAUUGAUAACAUCAAGUUGAUCAAUACUGACUUGGCUGUUGGUCCUACGCUCGGAUACAUGGUUUCCAAGAAGUUUGGCGAGGACGGUCUGCCCAAAGACACAAUUGUCGUUAAUUUCCAUGGACAUGCAGGGCAGUCAUUUGGUGCAUUCUUGCCGUCUGGUAUAACGUUCAAUUUGAAAGGUGAUGCCAACGAUUACGUUGGUAAGGGUCUGAGUGGUGGUAUUUUGGUAAUCAAGCCCGGACAGUACUCACAAUUGACCAGCGCUGAAAACGUCAUCGUGGGUAAUACUUGUUUCUACGGAGCUACAUCAGGUAAAGCGUUCAUCUCUGGUUCUGCUGGCGAAAGAUUUGCCGUUCGUAACUCUGGUGCUGAAAUUUGCAUCGAGGCAGUCACAGGUAACAAUGCAUUUGAAUACAUGACUGGUGGUCGGGCUGUUGUCCUCACUGAGAUGACAUCGGUCAAUGCAUUUUCUGGUGCCACCGGUGGUAUCAUUUACUGUUAUGUGCAGAACAAGGGAUCCUUUGAGGUUAGCAUUAACAAGGACACGAUCGAGUUGGAGGCUGAACUGGAUCAUGAGGAUGCUCAGUAUGUGGAACAGAUGAUUCAAGAGCAUCUGGAAAAGACUGGUUCGCCACGGGCGCAAGAGCUCCUAAGUGAUUUAGCUUCGCACAUUGGCAAUUUUGUGAAGGUAAUCCCUACGGACUACAAGAAGGCCUUGUUGUCUGUCAAGUUAGAGAGUCGCCAGCAGACUUCUUCUAUCGCCAACGGCGGCAAAUCUAAGAAAGCUAUCUCGAACGGCUCGACCCUAUCUGAACCCAAAUUGCAAGACAUUGAGGACUACAUUGUCCAGGGCAAAACUCCUCGGAAGAAGGUUCCGAACUUUGUCAAAUUCAAGCACAAGUUGCCACAGAUCACAACACCCGCUUCUGAGCGGUUAGGUGACUGGUUGGAAUUCCAGAACGGUCUUUCCACGAAAGACAUCAAGACACAAGCGCUGCGGUGCAUGGACUGUGGGACGCCCUUCUGCCAGUCUGACCUGGAAUAUGGCUGCCCUGUCUCGAACCAGAUUCCGCAAUUUAACAACUUCGUAGCAGGAGGCGAGUGGAAGCUGGCACUGGAAACGUUACUGAGGACGAACAACUUCCCCGAGUUCACUGGGCGGGUAUGUCCCGCGCCCUGUGAGGGUUCGUGUACGCUAGGGAUCUCGGAGGAUCCUGUUGGUAUCAAGUCUAUUGAGAGACAGAUCAUCGAGACCGGGUACAAGAACGGGUGGAUGCAGCCACAACGGCCACUGAAGAGGACGUCGCGGAAAGUGGCGAUCAUUGGGUCUGGUCCAGCUGGUCUUGCCUGUGCGGACCAAUUAAACAAGAUCGGGCACAACGUUACUGUGUAUGAGCGGGCGGACCGAUGUGGUGGGUUAUUGAUGUACGGUAUCCCGAAUAUGAAGCUGGAUAAGACAAUUGUCGAGCGGCGGUUGAAUUUGAUGGCGGACGAAGGCAUUGAGUUUGUGACGAACGUUGAGGUGGGCAAGGAUGUUACCCUUGAGUCGUUGAAGGUUGAGUACGACGCAGUGGUGUUUGCGAUCGGGUCCACCAUCCCGCGGGAUCUGGCGAUAAAGGGCCGCGCGUACAAGAACAUCGAAUUUGCAAUGAGUCUAUUGGAAUUGAACACGCGCGGGCUACUAUCAUCGGACAAGCUUCUGUCGCAAGUGCGUUCGCGGAUCGCCGGGAAGAAGGUGAUUGUGAUUGGUGGUGGUGACACGGGGAACGAUUGUCUUGGGACCUGUGUUCGCCACGGGGCGAAGAGUGUGUUGAAUUUCGAGCUGAUGCCUGCUGCUGCAGCACGGCGGCAAAAGUCCACGAAUCCGUGGCCCCAAUGGCCUGCGAUCAUGCGGGUUGAUUACGGGCACGAGGAGGUCCGUGAGCGGUACGGUAACGAUCCGCGCGCGUACUGCAUUCUCUCGAAGGAGUUUUUGGGAGACUCCGCUGGCAAAGUCACUGGGAUUCGGACUGUGAAAGUGGAAUGGACUCGCGUUGGUGGCCGGUGGGUCAUGUCUGAGUUGCCCGAUACGGAGGAAGUGUACGAGGCAGACCUGGUUUUGUUGUCCAUGGGGUUCACUGGACCCUCGUUGGUGUCUGUUGCCGAGAGUAAAAUCGCAGUCACGGAGAGGGGCAACAUCCAGACGGAUGCUGCUGAACCUUACAAGUACAGUGAUGGGGGUGAUCACCCUUUGGAGAACGUGUUUGUUGCUGGUGACUGCAGACGGGGUCAGUCGCUAAUUGUAUGGGCGAUCCAAGAGGGCCGUAAGUGUGCCAAGUCCGUGGACGAGUUCCUGGAUGGAGUGAGCUACCUUCCAGGAGACGGCGGGUUAUUGGACCGCCGUCGCGGUGUAUCGGAGAAAAUAGCCGCUUGA